CCUUCGAGGAAUUCUGUAAUUCUGACCUAUCCUCGAUACCCUUCUCUCGAAUCUCGAAGAACUGUAACCUCGUGCUGCUUCGGCGUCCAGAGGCAAGGGGUGAAUGAGUGGAGGAACCCGGGGGGGAUGCGGUCGCAGAUUCGCUGCCAGUGCGCCCCCGACAACGCUCAGCGACGCCAAAUCCUACUUCAUACAACUAUUCGGGGCGGAUGCCAAUAUCGCGAUGGACAGUCGAGGUUGGCGACGCUCUGGUGUUGUGGUGCCGCGGGUGUUGCUGGAGGAUCGAGUGAGCUGAGGCUGAUGCGACCGGAGUCCUCUCGUAGACCGAGAUUCGCGCUAAGAACAAGGGAAGUUUGAGGCUGGGAUCACGUGCUUUGCCUGCAGAAGAUGGGAUGAAAGAGUUGCGCG